AUGUCUGAAAGUGAACAGGACCAGCCUCUUGGAGGUGAGCAGCGGGGCCCCAAACUUUCAUUCACCCUUUCAUCGACAUCAAGCAUCAAGGCGCAUCAUGAAAGUGCCAUUCGGCUGGCGUGGCUGCGCCAGGGAGGAGAGGCCGUGCGGGAACCCGAGCCGAGUGGCGUCAGGGAGGGAGAAGGGGACGCUUCCGGCCGCUCAGCCCGGCCGGAUGUGGUGCGCAGCCCCAACUCGGGGACCAAAGUAGUCUCCGCCAACCCUUGGGGCCUCCGGCCUCGACAUAGCACUAAUGCUUGGCUGUCUGUUACUAGGCAUGUCAUGUUACCCAGAGAACUUUCUAAACAAGUACCCAAAACUCAUCUGAUGUCUGAAGAGGAGUGGAGGAGACUUGGUGUCCAACAGAGUCUUGGCUGGGUUCAUUACAUGAUCCAUGAGCCAGAACCCCAUAUUCUUCUCUUUAGACGACCUCUUCCAAAAGAGCAACAAAAAUGAAGUCUUAUCUGGGAUCAUCAGUUAAACCUUGUUCAAAUGUAUAUGUGUAUAUAAGGGUAGUAUUCAGUGAAUACUUGAAAAAAAUGUACAAUUCAUCAAUACCUGUGCCAUGAGCUGUAUUCUUCACAGCAACAGAGCUCAGUUAAAUGCAACUGCAAGUAGGUUAUUGUAAGGUGUUUAAAAUUUCUUCUAGUUGUUUUUUUCUCUUAAUAUAAGUGCUUGUUUGACUUUACGUGUUAUUUUUGUUAAAUAAAGUUUGUAUGUUGCAUUUAC